AUGGCAUCCAGCAGCCACCCGACAUUAGAUGAAACAAUGAAGACGCAACCAAAUGUUACUUGCUUGCCGAAUGAGGAUGCAAAUGUUAAUCUCUUUCAAAGGAGAAAGAGAACCAAGACAUCUACAGUAUGGGCUGAAUACAAAGAAGUGGUCCUUCCUAACGAUGAGAAGAAAGAAGAGUGUAUCCAUUGUAAAUACAAGCUUCAAAUUCAUGCAUCCGGAAGCACUACACAUUUUGGAAGACAUUUACAAAGGUGUGUGAAGCGAGCCGCUUCACGUAGACAACAACAUAUUAAUUUUCCCCCUGCUAAUUCUAGUGGGGGAACAUCUGUCCUUCCUACUCUUACCGGUAAGUUCGACAUGACGGUGAUGAGGGAAUUGAUUGCACAAUGGGUGCUUAUGCAUGAGCACCCAUUUACCAUUGUGGAAGAGGAGGGUUUGAACAAUAUGUUGAAAUAUGGGAUUCCAGGAUGGUCAAGGGUUUCACGCAAUACAUGUAAAAAUGAUUGUGCGAAGGUGUAUGAAAUGGAGAAACAAAAGUUGAAGACAUUGCUAAAAGGUGUAAGGAGGAUAAGUUUGACCACAGAUUUGUGGAAUUCUGACAACCAAAAGUUGGAGUAUAUGGUUUUGACAGGGCAUUGGAUAGAUGAUAAUUGGAAGUUGAACAAACGGGUUCUUAACUUUGUUCGUUUACCUACUCCAAAAGGUAGUGUGCAGAUUGCUGAUGCAAUUUACAAAUGUUUGGCAGAAUGGGAGAUUGAAGACAAGGUCCAAACGAUAUCAGUGGACAAUGUUAGUAGUAAUGAUGUGGCAAUAAGGGUGUUGAAGCAAAAUUUUACAAUAACAAGGCAGUUGAGUUGUGGGGGUAAAAUGUUUCAUGUCAGAUGUUGUGCACACAUCUUAAACUUGAUGGUGCAAGAUGGUCUUUCACAGAUUAGGAGAAUCAUCGACAAGAUCCAUGAGAGUGUGGUAUACAUUAAUGGUUCAGAGGGUAGGCUGAAGUUUUUUGCAGAGAUUGUGCAACAAUUGCGUUUGCUAUGUCGAAAACUUAUCCUUGAUUGUAAAACAAGGUGGAAUUCAACUUAUGACAUGUUGGAAAUUGCAAUUAAGUUUAAAGAAGUGUUUCCAAGAUACAAAGAAAGGGAUGAGGGUUAUGAACAUUGUCCAGAUAAAGAAGAUUGGGUGAAAGUAGAGAAAGUCUGUGAGAUUCUAAGGGUUUUUAGUACAAUGACCAAUAUCAUCUCAAGGAGUAAUUAUCCAACAUCAAAUGUAUUUCUAAGGCAAGUAUAUAGGAUCAAAAUUUUGUUGGAUAAAAAAAGUGAAAGUGAAGAUGAAUUUAUUAGACAGAUGGUGAGAAAAAUGAAAGAGAAGUGUGAUAAGUACUGGGAGCAAUGUAAUUUGUUGAUGGCUGUUGCAGCUAUAUUGGACCCUAGGUACAAAAUUAGGGUGAUUGAGUUUUCUUUCCCUAAGAUGUAUUCUAACGUUGAGGCACGGGCAAAUGCUACAACUGUUCGGGAUACUUUGUAUGAGGUAUAUGGGGAAUAUGCUAAUGAUUGUCAAUCAUCUAGUGCAAUCCGCAGAGGUACAAUUGAAAGGGUUGGACUUGAAGUAAUUCCCGGGGGGUCUAUGGGAGGAGCUGAUGAUUGGGAAUUUGAUGAUUUUCUGGAUGAGGUUGAAACUAUUGAGCCAAAUAAAUCUCAGUUGGAUAUUUACCUAAGCGAGCCAUGUUAUAAGUGUCAGGGUGAUUCGGAAAAUUUUGAUGCUUUGGAUUGGUGGAAGGCGAAUGCUUUGAAGUACCCUAUCUUGUCUAGGAUGGCUCGUGAUAUACUAGCUAUUCCGAUCACUACAGUGGCUUCAGAGGCUACUUUUAGCGCCGGUAGUAGAGUUAUUGACACAUAUCGAUCUUCGUUGUCUCCCGAAACAGUGGAAAUGUUGUUAUGUGGAGCUGAUUGGUCUCGCAUUUUAAAUAGAGUGAAAAAAGGAAUCACGAUACAGAAGGAACCAGUGGAGAUUCAACUUUCGGAAGUUUGA